AUGCCACACCUCGUCUCCACCUUCCUGCGAAACUCGUCCAACACGUUCGAAGCCCAGGUCGCCAAUCUCAAAAAGGCCACCGGCACUCAUCGCAAGCCAUCACCGAAACCGCGGGACUCGGCGCUCUCGUCUCUGCGCAACAGCUCCGAAGUCUCGUCCGUGGACGACUGCCCUGUGGAUGACGUCCCCGCCGGCGACAGCCAAAGCCAAAGCCGCCAGCAUCACCACCAGAGCACAAUGCGCACAAUGACGUCACUACAGCGCAGUUCAUCAGCCGAGAGGCGUGCCCACGACGACCAUCACCACCGCCUCUCCUUUGGCGCCCUGCAUUUUGGGCGGUCCAGCCGCGAAUCUCACGGCAAUCCCAACGUGGUGCUCAGCUGGACGAUCGAGUCGCCGCCCAUAGUGCUGCACGGCGACGCUGAGUCCAGCACCGGUGCCCUCGUGUCCGGGCUGCUCUACAUCACCAUCAAGGAGGAUGCUGUGCCGAUGGAGUCGUUCAAGGCAGCCCUGAACAUCCACGUGACACAGAAGCGUCCCUACACGGCGCACUGCAACGAUUGCAUCAACCAGUACAAGCAGCUGCAGACAUGGAGCUUCCUGCAGGCGCCAUUGACCCUGACAAAGGGCCGUCACGCAUUUCCCUUCUCCGUGCUUCUCGCGGGCCAUCUGCCAGCGUCUAUGGACGGGCAGCUGGUCUCUGUUGCGUACGAGUUCAGCGCCGAGGCGACGCCCAAGGCUGGCGGCGGCCUCCCGGUCAAGUUCGAGAAGACGUUGGACGUGAAGCGCUCUCUGCCUGAGCCUGAGCAGCCUCACCACUCGGUGCGCGUGUUCCCGCCCACCAACAUCAAGGCGAGCGUGCAUUUCCCGCAGGUGAUUCACCCCAUUGGGCGGAACACAAUGUUGAUCCGCAUCGACGGAGUUACUCGCCUCAAUGCCAAUGUCAACACGCUUGAGUUCUGGAAGCUGAAGAAGUUGACGUGGCGUCUGGAGGAGACCAACAAGGCUGUGGCACCUGCAUGCGAGCGCCAUAUGCCGCACGGUCCCAACGAGCCGGACACGGAGGUCAAGAAGGGCGUGCUGCGGUCCGACACGCGCAUUAUUGGCGAGAAGAUGCUGCUCUCGGGCUGGAAGAGCAACUACAGCGGGCCCGAGGAGUCGUACGUGGAGUUUGAGCUGGACUACUUCCUGGGGAAGAACAGCAAGUUCUCCUGCGACACCAAGUCCCAGGACGGCACUGAGGUCACCCAUCAGCUCAUGGUCGAGAUGGUCGUCUCGCAGGAGUGGGCUCCGUCAGCGAAGCCGGGCAUCGUCACGCAGACUGGUGUUGGUCGCAUCCUGCGCAUGCACUUUAACGACAUUCUCACCGAACGCGGUGGAAUGGGCGUUUCCUGGGACAACGAGGCACCGCCCAUCUACCAGGACGUGCCUCCCAGCCCACCCUCUUACUUGGACGAGCUGAAUGCGAGCGUCAUUACGGAACACAUCGAGCCGCUUGAUGCCGUCAACGAGCCUCCACCACCGUUCUAA